CUCAUAUUUAUUGCGUAUCGUCUAUUGCUAGUAUGAUUUUUUACUCGUAGCCAACUUCUUCCUUUUACCCAUACACUCCAGGGCAAAAACUCUUUGAAUAUUGACAUUUACAAGAUUGUAAAACCAUUAAUUGAUUCAUUUUAUUCUCCCAUAUCGAUCUUAGAACAUACGCUUCAGCGUGAAAAGUACGAAACGAGGUUUUUGUCAUUGGACGUGUCUUAAAUUUUUGUAGCCAUUGAACACUAGAAAGGGUUCUGCAGGACGUUUUGGGUCGCUUUUGUUAUUUUCCUUUAUAAAUAAAGAGCAAGAACAGUUAUUUCUGCUUAUUAAUUUCGCGUCAUGUCUGUUCAACAACUGAACUUGGACGAGGUUAAGGCGAAGACAAACAAAUACUCUCGUGGUCGAAAGCUCAAUCCAAAGAAAAUUAAAGACAAAAAGCUUCGAAGCAAUGUACAAAAAAUCGAGGAAAGGAUUGAAAAUGUAGAGACAGAUCUUUCAAAAACAGAGUUAUUACGUGUCGAUGAACCAGGUUAUUUGGAAGCUGAAGGAUUAGAAAAAACAUACAAAUUCACACAAAACCAAGUUGCUCCAAACGUUGCCCUUGAAACUGCUACAAAGUCUUUUUCUCUUGGUUUGGAUAAAUUCGGCAGCUACAAUUUUGAUUAUACAAGAGAUGGCCGCAUGAUGCUUUUAGGAGGUCGUAAGGGCCAUGUUGCUGCUUUUGACUGGAGGAAUGGUAAAUUAUUAACAGAAUUACAUUUGCAAGAAACGGUUCGUGAUGUAAAAUGGUUUCAUAAUCACCAAUACUUUGCCGUUGCUCAAAAGAAAUAUGUAUACGUAUACGAUAAUCUGGGAACAGAAAUUCAUUGCUUAAAGCGUCAUAUAGAUGUAAAUGCCUUGGACUUUCUUCCCUAUCACCUUCUUUUAACUAGCAUUGGUAAUGCUGGCUAUCUGAAAUAUCAAGAUGUUUCAACGGGUCAACUGGUUGCAGAGCUUCGUACGGGUAUGGGAGCUUGCCAUGUUCUUCAUCAAAACCCUUACAAUGCCGUGGAACACGUUGGUCAUGCCAACGGGCAAGUUACACUUUGGGCUCCCACGUCUACUACACCGCUUGCUAAGAUGCUUACCCACCGUGGACCUGUGCGUGAUUUGGCCGUAGAUCGUGAAGGUAAAUAUAUGGUAACUGCCGGUGCUGAUAGUUUAAUGAAGGUCUGGGAUCUUCGAAACUACAAGGAAGUCCAUUCAUAUUAUACUCCUACCCCGGCCCAACGCCUGACUUUGAGUGAUACUGGUUUACUCACUGUUGGUUGGGGUCCUCAUGCCACUGUUUGGAAAGAUGCUCUACGUACAAAACAAAGUUCUCCUUACAUGAAUCAUUUAAUUCCUUCUUCGUCUGUUGUUGAUCUUCACUAUUGUCCUUAUGAGGAUAUAUUGGGCAUUGGUCAUGACAAGGGAUUUGAGAGUAUAAUCAUUCCUGGAUCCGGUGAACCUAAUUAUGAUUCUUACGAAAAUGAUCCUUUCGCUUCCAAGAAACAGAGACAAGAAACUGAAGUUCGUCAACUUCUUGAAAAGCUUCGUCCUGAGAUGAUUUCUCUUCGUCCUGAAUUUAUUGGUAACGUGGAUAGAGCUGCUCCUUCUAUUCGAAAGCAAGAAGUUGAAGAAGAAAAGCCUCCGGAAGAAAAAUGGCUUCCUAAGAACAAGGCUCGUGGUAAAAACUCGGCUUUGCGUCGUUAUGUGCGUAAGCACGCUCGGAACGUAGUGGAUCAACGCCGUCUCAAUGUCGAAAAAUCUCUUGAUGUUGAAAAGAAGAUGCGGGAACAGCGCGUUCGUCGAGAGAAGGGAUUGCCUGAAGAAAAGGAAAAAUGGGGCUAUGCACUAUCGCGGUUUGCUCGGGGAAAAUAAAUAUAUGUAUAAUACUUUUUGGAUAAUUUUUCAUCAGUUAUGUGGGCUAAAAUAUACAAUAUAACAAAUCUAUUU